AUUGCCCUUUGGAUGAAGGAAACCUUUAUAACUAGCAUGACUUCCCUCCCCGGGCUACUGAUCUCUCGGGAAUAGUGAACCACCUGCACUGAGUCUAGGGUUCCGCAAGAAUUUCGAUGGCUGGGGGGUUUCGUUGGCGGCCCUAAGGAGGAAUUUCGGACAUAUACUUUUCUUCCACACUCGCCGGUCCUGACAACUGCCUGGAUAAAGACAUCUGCUGGUGGUGGUUGAUUGAGCCCGACCUAAAUCUAGCGAAGGAUACCACAAAUAAUCUGGUAUGUGACAAACAAGCGUCUUAGGCUAAAUACUAGUUAAGCUGAUGAAGCCGGACCCUAGUAUACCGAAAUCACAUCGUCUCAUGAUGGACAUCUAUGCAUACCCCGCGAAAGACACCUAUCUGAUGAAUUGGAGAGAUCAUUUCACGAUGCCGACGGACUCGGGUGGGACCCGGGUACUCGCCAUGAGAAACACAAAGACCCAUUUAAUCGUAGCUAUCUGGACCAUCUAUAGCACUUUCACUUUUAUGUUGGGAUGGGAGUCGGUACGAGUGUUGGUUAUAGCAUUCACUGGAGAGAUUCAUGGUGGGUGGUUUGGUGGAGUUUUCAACCUUUGGAAGGUUGGUUCGUUGAACAUCGCGAUGGCGAUGCUGAAAUACAUCUAUGAAAUGAUAUUCUAUCUUCGGAAGACUCCUGAGGAGAAGAGACGCCGAGGAAACGUUCCAAAAUGGCCCGUCUAUGAGGACCGGUGUUCUGGUCGGCAGGUAACCCAAGAUCAGAGUGGAGAGUCCGGGUUGGAUUCCGAUGGCAUUGAUCAGAGAGAGGGGUCCAACCGGGGACACCAUGCCGAAGUUCAAAGGUUAUCUUUAGAAAGGAGAGAGACCACCGACCGAGAGAUCUCCGGCACAGAGGCCACCGAUACCCACAUUCCCAACAACGAGAUUCCCGGAGUUAAAGAUCUGAUCUUAUCUCUACUACUUUUUCUUGUUUCCUUCAGCUUAUACCUCACGGAUUUCGCACUGGGAGUUAUUGUUGGCGCAAAACUGAUCGUGGGGAAUGUCGCCCCAGCCAAUCCUGACAAAGUCUUUUAUCCUGAUAUCAAUACUCUUGAGCGACAAGGUGACACCACUGGGCUCUUAAGGGUAAAAUCAAUGAAAAUUGAUUCGGCAUUUCGCGCAAUGGCAGCUAUAGAAGGUCCCGAUCCCCAAGCCCGACGCAAGCGGGUGGUAAUAGAAUCGGUGGAUCCACCAGAAGGGCUGACAGCGGGCUUUAUCUCAAACCUAAACUACAGUUACAACGUUACCGGAGCAGAUAUGGGAUUACAGAGUGAUCCGAAGUUGAUGCUCCGAGUCAAGGGCGGGUGUCGUUCAGAAUAUACAUGGCUGGUGAACACCACAGAAGAGGGAGAUACCUAUAGGCUUUGGGGUGGAAAUGAAACCUAUCACAUAAAACCCGACGCACAACCAACAACCCCUCCGUGGUUGGCUUUCUUCCACGACGAAAAGCAGAUACUCGACCGAUCUCCAAACCUCUCAUAUGCCAUUAUUGCAAACACCGCUGGUCGUUACAGCUACACCGCCAGCCAGGACCCUUGGUAUUCUACUAGGGAGACUCGAACGAACGGUACCCCUCCAUAUCAAGUCCUCCCAAAUCGACCUGUCCUUAGUUGCUGGGAAACAAAGACAUGGCAUCUUGGUGGUAAAGAUGUGGAUAAUUGGCGGUUAAAUGAAUUGCCUGAUCUUAAACUGCACAAGCUCUGGUCAGAUACAGUCUUUCCUCUGGAGUUUGAGCUGCCGCGCGUGGUUAGUCUGGGUAGGGUCUUGGGGAUAUCUUCACUUAGAACGGGUUCACACUCGUUGGAACCGUUUUAUGUUAUCGACGCCGGUUCGGCUAGCAUGCACGGUGAUUUCAAGCGCUUGGUGCUGGGUAGUUGGAUUAGCUCUCGGAAUGUGCUGCGGGAUACAACCACAUACAAUCACGGAAAUAUGGUUAACCUCGCCCAUGGAGAAGGAGACUCGGUCGAUGCUUCAGCUGCCGGAUUUGUGAUACAAAGUCAGGAUGUUAGCACCCUGUCAGUACGUAUCUUGUAUUCUGUUCUCUAUAACCUCAUUUCCAAUGGCGCCGCACUGGUCCUCUUGAGAGCUUUAACCCGGAGGAAUCCCGUGGGGCUGGUUGCCUACCUUAAGCCAAGAAUGGCACGAGCUGGCUGGGGGAGGAAGAGGUCACGCUAAAGUACAGUGGGUGGGGCUCGUGUUGAAUUUUUCGAAGGUUCUGGCAAAGGGCAGUUAGUUCCGGUUGCUCGUGGAGCCCUCGCGAAUACUGGAGGCAGCUUCUUUUGCUUUGGAGUUAUCGUGAUUUCUCCAUACAUUUCAUGUCUUUUCUUUAGUAUCACCGGUGUGUGUGUGGAGGAUUGGAAACAUGCAGGGGAAGAGGAGAAACAUGUGGUGAUUCAUGGAAGGACCGGGAUACUUUCGUUAUGCUUUACUUAAGCGCCUGUCUUUCCCACCAGUUCAGAGAAGAUGCCGAAAAGGAGAAAGAAGUUCCUGACCAUGCCCUUCCUAUUGUUCCUGUCCUGGUCAAGCAUCAGGAUAGUCCCCUUCUUAUACCGCUGCUUAAUUUAACCCCUCCCCCCCCCGCACAGAUCCCCCAGCAGCGCGAAUUACUUGGAGCCGGGAAAGAAGAAGGAGAGUGUUGCUUCUACCCUAUUUUGCGCAUAGGGGCGAGGCAAUCCGAGGGACGGGGGUUUGCUAUCACAGUGCAUCGGAGUAGACAGGCGGCAGGCUAAUUGUCAGAUGCCCCGCCAGAUAUUUAGCGCCUCAUUGGUGGUUCCGAAUGCAUCCGGCAUCACGACAGCACUACCUUAUACCUUUCCCAAGCGCGCUUUUUCUUUCUAUUCUAGUUGCCUUUUGCAUUUUCGAGUCCGUUAGUUCCCUCUAUGUCACACAAAGGUUCCCAUAUUCAUUAAAGUCCUCCUCCCCAUGCAGUAUCACCCGGUCCCACAUCCCGCUUGGGAUCCAACAUUAUAGCGACUUUCACUAUUUCCCAGAUAAAUUAUUCUCACCCACUUAGUGGUUAGGAGUAGUCUUUCCUUCCUUUUUUUCCCCUUGUUCUCUUCUUUAUUCCACAGCCAGCAUACGCCAGCCCUAAUAUUAUAACAGUUAUAGGAUUGUUCACGCUCCCAUAGAUCUAAUGAGAAGGGACUUCCUACGCUGUA